AUGGAAGCACAGCCGUACAUGUUCACACACUCGCUUUCUCAGGGCCAGGAGGAGUCACGUGUGUGUCUAGGUCCAGCUUGCAUCUUUCUGAGAGGGAAGAACAUUGAGCGGAAACUUGUAGCUGAAGAGAUAGAAGAAUUGCGACAGGCCUUUAUUGAGUUUGAUAAGGAUAAGGAUGGGCUCAUCAACUGUAAAGACUUGGGCAACCUGAUGCGGACAAUGGGAUACAUGCCCACUGAGAUGGAGCUGAUCGAACUCAGCCAGAACAUCAAUAUGAACCUUGGAGGCCAAGUAGAUUUUGAGGAUUUUGUGGAAAUUAUGGCUCCUAAGCUCUUAGCAGAGACGGCUGGAAUGAUUGGCCUAAAGGAGCUAAAGGAAGCAUUCAGAGAGUUUGACAUGGACGGUGAUGGCGCCAUCACUAUUGAGGAGCUAAGGCAUGCUAUGGAAAAGCUGCUUGGGGAAAACACUAACAGGAAAGAGAUUGAGGCUGUGGUGAGAGAGGCUGACAAUAAUGGAGAUGGUACAGUGGACUUUGAAGAAUUUGUCAGAAUGAUGUCACGAGAUUAA